AGAAGCGAGAACAGGAGAAAGCGGAUAGAAGCGGGAUGUUUAUAACAAUUCCGACCAAGUCUGCCUUCUUGGCUCGUGGGGGAGGCUGAUUUCUUUCUAUCCAUAUUUCCUUUGGUUCGCAAAACACGUUUUCCUUUUGUCUUUCCUAUGUUAUCUCGUGUGUUUUGCUGGGGGAGGAGGGACGAAGUGUCGUCUGCUACCACCCACUACAGAAUACUAUAAAAUCACCCAAAUUUUAAAAGCACCCGGUACAGAGCAUGUUGACCAGCUCUGAGACCAUUUCACUAUGAAGACCGCAGCUGCAGAAACGCAAUGUAUUGGAAUGCAAGGCAUGAAAAUGCAAAGCGUUGAAGAACGCCGCAACCUAAAAGAACUCCUUCCGACCCCUAUGCCAGCUCACCUCGAAGAUCGCCAGCCGGUCCAGGAGCAACAAUCCAGCUGUCAAUGCAGCAAACGGCCAGGCCUGGUCAGACUACUGAUGUUCCAUUGCACCGAAGAUUGAGAAGCAGCAAUAUCAUGCGUUCUAAUCUUCCUGACAGACCUCGGCAACCUCAUGUGCCUUUGUGGAGUGAGCUCCAUAGUCUUGCUCCUGUCAGACCCUCAGUAGGUCUUGAGAAUUGGACAGGAUUCGAGCAUGCUAUCAGGAUGGAUGUGUGGAGAGCAGACUGUGAAA